UGUGUUUUGGACCUUGUGGUGUCUUCCAGUUUCAGAUAAACCUCAAAAACCCCAGAGGUGGAGUUUCUGGGGGGAGAGAUAAACUGCUAACUGUCCACUUCUCUCACUGUUUCAGAAGGAGAGAACCAUAGAUGGAGUUAACAGUCCCAUACAAAGCAAAUCCACUUAUCUUCUCUGCAACUCCACCCACGAAAAUUCUUUCACCUUCAUUUCUCAACCAAAUACCCACAAAGCGAAGACUCAGAUAUUGUCGCCAAAAGACCCUAUUUAGAGUUUAUUCAUCUAUAAAUCCAAAUGGGUCUGAUGGGUUCUCUUGGCUGAGCUUGGCUGGUUCUGUCCGACGUGGGUCGGACCGGUUCUUCUCCAGACUGCGUGAAUCUGUGAAGCAGGAAGCUGGGUUUGACUUAAGUCAGUCCAAUGCCAAGAUCGGCGAGUUAUUAAAUGGAGUUAAGGAAGGGAUCAAGAAGGGUGAGGCUCUAUUGGUUCGGUUCAGGACCGAGAUGGUGCCCCGGUUUGUGAGUUGGAAUAGUUGGGAGCUCUGGAAGGAUGUCAAGAAUUGGGAGCCUAAACGAAUAGGAGCCUUGGUGCUAUAUAUUGUUCUAAUGGUGUUUUCUUCUCAAAGAGUUUAUAUGGCAAUUCGAGCUCCUUAUCUAAAUCGACAGAGGAAAGAGUUAGCAGAGGCUUAUAUGGAGGCUUUGAUUCCUGAACCUUCUCCUAGCAAUAUUAGAAAGUUUAAGAAAGGUAUGUGGAGGAAGACAACACAAAAGGGCUUGAAACUGAAAAAAUUUAUCGAAGGACCUGAUGGAACGCUGAUUCAUGAUAAUACUUAUAUUGGCGAAGAUGCAUGGGAUGAUGAUUCAGAGCAUUCUCAGAACAAUGUUAAACAUAUUAUUGAGAAUGAUGAAAGAUUAAAACCAGAAGAGAAGAAAGCACUUAGUGAAGAUCUUAGUAUUUCAGGUGAAGUCCAAGAAAGUAAAGGAACAUGGCGUGAGAGGCUUCAAACAUGGAAGGAAAUCCUUAGAAAGGAGAAGCUGGCUGAGCAAUUAGAUUCCUCGAAGGCCAAGUAUGUAGUUGAGUUUGACAUGAAAGAAGUUGAAAACAGUCUCCGGAAAGAUGUGGUGGAAAAGGUAACAGACACACAGGGAACCCGAGCUUUAUGGAUAUCUAAGAGAUGGUGGCGCUAUCGCCCUACGCUUCCUUACACUUAUUUUCUUGACAAACUUGAUUCCUCUGAGGUUGCUGCUGUUGUCUUUACAGAGGACCUGAAAAGACUCUAUGUAACCAUGAAAGAAGGUUUUCCACUGGAAUAUGUUGUCGAUAUACCCCUUGAUCCAUAUUUGUUUGAGAUGAUAUCAAGUUCUGGAGUUGAAGUCGAUCUUCUUCAGAAGCGGCAGCUUCAUUAUUUCUUGAAAGUUGUGAUGGCUUUGGCUCCCGGACUACUGAUUUUGUGGCUAAUUAGGGAGUCUGCAAUGCUUCUACAUAUCACGUCUAAGCGCUUCCUUUACAAGAAAUAUAAUCAACUUUUCGAUAUGGCUUAUGCUGAAAAUUUCAUCUUGCCAGUUGGAGAUGUAGGUGAAACAAAAUCAAUGCAUAAGGAGGUGGUACUUGGCGGUGAUGUCUGGGACCUUCUUGAUGAGAUAAUGAUUUAUAUGCGAAAUCCCAUGCAGUACUAUGAAAGAGAAGUGAAGUUUGUUCGGGGUGUUCUUCUAUCGGGACCUCCUGGUACAGGGAAGACACUUUUUGCACGGGCACUGUCUAAGGAAAGUGGAUUGCCCUUUGUUUUUGCUUCUGGUGCAGAGUUUACUGAUAGUGAAAAAAGUGGUGCUGCAAGGAUCAAUGAGAUGUUUUCCAUUGCACGAAGAAAUGCGCCUUCUUUUGUGUUUGUGGAUGAAAUUGAUGCCAUUGCUGGAAGGCAUGCAAGAAAGGAUCCGCGGAGGAGGGCAACAUUUGAGGCACUGAUUGCGCAACUUGAUGGGGAGAAGGAAAAGACUGGCGUAGAUCGGUUUUCACUUAGACAAGCGGUAAUAUUCAUCUGUGCUACCAACAGGCCAGAUGAAUUGGACCUAGAAUUUGUUCGUCCUGGACGUAUUGACCGUCGUUUAUACAUUGGGUUGCCUGAUGCUAAUCAACGAGUGCAAAUUUUUAAUGUCCACAGUGCAAGAAAGCAGCUUGCUGAAGAUGUAGACUUUAGGAAGCUUGUUUUCCGUACUGUUGGUUUUUCUGGGGCAGAUAUUCGGAAUCUUGUCAAUGAGGCCGCGAUAAUGUCGGUAAGGAAAGGCCGUACAAAGAUUUACCAGAAAGACAUUGCUGACGUGUUGGAUAAACAAUUGCUUGAAGGUAUGGGAGUGCUUCUCACGGAGGAAGAACAACAGAAAUGUGAACAAAGCGUGUCCUUUGAGAAAAAGAGACUUUUGGCUGUACACGAGGCUGGCCACAUUGUAUUAGCUCAUUUGUUUCCCCGCUUUGAUUGGCAUGCUUUUUCUCAGCUCCUGCCUGGUGGCAAGGAAACUGCAUUAUCUGUGUUUUAUCCCAGGGAAGACAUGAUAGACCAAGGUUAUACGACCUUUGGCUACAUGAUGAUGCAAAUGGUGGUAGCUCAUGGUGGGCGUUGUGCAGAACGCGUGGUGUUUGGUGAUGACAUAACAGAUGGCGGAAGUGAUGACCUUGAAAAGAUAACAAAGAUUGCUAGAGAGAUGGUAAUUAGCCCUCAAAAUGCAAGGUUGGGGCUCACGGUCUUGACAAAAAGACUUGGACUGGUGGAUCGACCUGACAAUCCAGAUGCUGGUUUGAUAAAGUAUAAGUGGGAUGACCCCCAUGUGAUUCCUGCCGAUAUGACACUUGAAGUAUCUGAGUUAUUCACCCGAGAGCUCACGAGGUACAUUGACGAAACAGAAGAGCUUGCACUGAAUGGCUUGAAGGACAACCGGAACAUACUGGAUGUGAUCACAAAGGAGCUAUUGCAGAAGUCAAGGAUAACUGGAUUGGAAGUUGAAGAGAUAAUGAAGGGACUCUCUCCAAUUAAGUUUGAGGAUUUUGCGAAGCCAUUCCAGGUCGACCUAUCAGAGGAUGGAGCAUUGCCUCACAAUGAGAAGCUGCGUUACCAACCACCAGAGAUAUAUCCUGCGCCACUCCACAGAUGUUAGAAGUGUUCAGGGAUUCCAUAUUACGUAAUCUGAGAUCCUGGCAUCUAAACAAGGCUGUGCUGCUUAGAUAGGAGUAUGGAGAAGAUUUUACUGCCCCAUUAUUGAAAUCCAUCAGCCCUAAUGUUCACAGCACAUCGAAACGUUAUAUUUAAAGCUGCAGAAGCAUGUUAGGGGAGGAGAAUUUUAGGAGUACUUUCAGCAGCCAGGUUAAAAGUUUUGGAAGAAAACAUUUUUACAUCCUCGAUUAGAGCUAGUUGUUUCAAUGGGACCGAAUAGGAUGCUUCUCAUUAGUUUCGACUUAUGAUUAUUGGUUAAUCUUCUGGUUAAAUUUGUUAAGUUUUGAUAUAAUGCUGGUUGACAUAUACCAAAUAUAGAGAUUUGAGUUCCUUGGGUAGGCCUUGUAAUAUAGAGUGGAAGAACAUGUACCUGUGAAGGUAGUCAAGUGAAGUGAACUACAUUCAUAACACAACUAUUCUAUCAGAUGAUAUUGACAGUGUAUUUUUCA